GUAAAGUCGUUUAUUUUAUUUAUCCGGUUUUUAAUAAUUUGCAGUUUAUUUUGUGGUCAGUAAAAAGCUCCUUAACUCGCUGUUAUUUCCGGAAACAAGAGCGCGCUCUUGUACACUCACACAUCGCUGCCUACUUUAUCCAAAAACGCGCAGGCCGGUGAAGCUAAUGACACUCACUCUGACCUGACUCAAGUCCACAGCAAGAACAAGCCGUCCCCCCCUCUGUCCCCUCUCCAACAUGGCUGACCCGAUGGACAUAGACGAUUCGCUGUACAGUCGGCAACGGUAUGUCCUUGGAGACAGUGCCAUGCAGCAGAUGGCUCAGUCCUCUGUAUUCUUGAGUGGAUUGGGGGCUCUGGGUGUGGAAGUAGCUAAGAACAUUGUCCUUGCUGGAGUGAAGAUGGUCACAUUGCAUGACAGUAAGCAGUGUGACGUCUGGGAUCUGGGCACUAACUUCUUUAUCCGAGAGGAGGACGUUAAGAGCCAGAAGAUGAGGGUGGAGGCGGUGCACUCUCGGGUGGCCGAGUUAAACCCGUAUGUUCAGGUUCGCGUAUCGAAUGUAGCCCUGAACCACACCACUGACCUCAGCUUCCUGCUUAAGUACCAGUGUGUUGUGCUAACAGAGACUAGUCUGAGCCUGCAGAAGAGGAUUAACAGUUUCUGUCACUCUCAACAGCCUCCGAUUAAGUUUAUUAGCUGUGACGUGUUGGGGAUUUGUUCUCGAGUGUUCUGCGAUUUCGGCGAGAGUUUCGAGGUGUCUGACCCGACAGGGGAGGAGCCUAAAGAGCUGUUUAUUCAGAAUAUCAGCCAGGAGAACCCUGGCGUGGUGACGUGCAUGGACAGCCGUACACACGGCCUGCAGACAGGACAGAGUGUGAGCUUUAGAGAGAUCAACGGCAUGAAUGAGCUCAAUGGCGCUACGCACCAAAUUACAGUUCUUUCUCCAUACAGUUUUGCAAUCAGUGAUACGUCGUCCUUCAGCCCGUAUCUUCACGGCGGCAUCGUUCAAAUGGUCAAGAUGCCCAAAACCUAUCACUUUGAGACGAUGGAACAACAGUUACAGGACCCACAGCUUCUUAUUCCAGACUUCAGUAAACCUGAGGCACCGCUGCAGAGCCACACCACUAUGAUCGCUCUGGAUAUCUUUCAGGAACAACACACCAGACUGCCGAAUAUAGAAUGUUCACAGGAUUGGGACGUUUUGCUUAAGAUUACCGAGGAGGUCCACACGACACUCAAGAACAAAGCGAGUGUGAACCCAUCGUUUGUGAAGUGUGUGUCGCGUUGUGCACGAGGCUGCCUCUCUCCUCUGGCAGCUGCUGUCGGAGGCAUCGCUAGUCAGGAAGUGCUGAAGGCUCUCACUGGAAAGUUCACGCCGCUUCAACAGUGGUUUUAUCUCGAUGCCUUAGAAGUGGUCCAACCUCUCCAGUCUCUUCCUGUGGAGGAGUUUGCACCUAGGGGGGAUCGAUACGAUGCUUUGAGGGCAUGUAUUGGCGAGUCCUUUUGUGUGGAGUUGCACAAGCUCCGAGUGUUUAUGGUGGGUUGUGGUGCUAUCGGCUGUGAGAUGCUGAAGAAUUUUGCACUGCUCGGGGUGGGACUGACCACAUGUUCAGGGGAGAUUUGCGUCACUGAUCCAGAUCUAAUAGAGAAGUCCAAUCUUAACCGCCAGUUUCUCUUCCGAUCUCAUCAUAUACAGAAGCCAAAAAGCAUCACAGCAGCUGCAGUAACAUUAGAGAUAAAUCCAGAGCUCAACAUAGACGCUAACCUGCACAAGGUAUGUCCUGCCACGGAGGAGACCUUCAACGACGAUUUUUAUUCCCGUCUCAGUCUGGUCAUCACUGCGUUGGACAAUGUGGAGGCUCGGAGAUAUGUGGACAGCCGGAGCGUGUCCAAUCAGAAAGCGUUAUUCGACUCUGGGACCAUGGGGACGAAAGGUCACACAGAGGUCAUUGUGCCGAAUCUGACCGAGUCCUAUAAUAGCCAUAGAGAUCCACCGGAGGAGGAGAUACCAUUCUGCACUCUGAAAUCUUUCCCUGCUGUGAUUGAGCAUACCAUACAGUGGGCCAGGGACAAGUUUGAAAGUGCCUUCUCCCACAAGCCCUCCAUGUACAACAUGUUCUGGCAGAACCACGUGUCUGCUGUAAAUGUAUUACAGCGGAUGAAAGCUGGAGAGAGCAUGGACGGGGGGUUUCAAGUCAUCAAGGUGUUGAGUCGCCGCCCCACAUGCUGGGAGCACUGCCUCGCCCUCGCUCGCCUCAAAUUUGACAAAUACUUCAAGAGAAAGGCACUACAACUACUGCACUCAUUUCCACUGGAUACACGACUGAAAGACGGCACUUUAUUCUGGCAGUCUCCCAAACGACCUCCAGCACCUAUCGAGUUUGAUCUCAAAGACCCGCUGCACUUUGGUUUCGUGGUCAGCACGGCUCGACUGUUCGCAGGAAUUUACAACGUUCCACAUUCUGAAAAGAACCUGACGUACGAGGCUGUGGCAAGCGUACUGACUGAAGUCACCAUUCCAGAGUACAAGCCGGCCGAGAAGCAUAUAGAGACGGAUGAAAUGGCGAAAAAGCCUGAUCAGAUGAAGCUGACGGUGAGCAGCGAGGAGGAAAGGGAAGCCAUAUCACAUCUGGAGGAGGCCAUCACAUCUGGUUUUCGACCAGAGGGCUUUCAUAUGACACCGAUGCUCUUUGAGAAAGAUGACGACUCAAAUGGUCACAUCGAUUUUGUGGAGACGGCAUCAGCCCUGAGAGCUCGCAUGUACUCGAUCGAAGCUGCCGAUCGGCUCCAGACCAAACGAAUCGCCGGAAAAAUCAUCCCUGCCAUCGCCACGGCUACCGCCACCGUCGCUGGAUUGGUGGCACUGGAGAUGAUUAAAGUUACAGGUGGUUAUGGCUUCGAGUCGUUUAAGAACUGCUUCUUCAACCUGGCCAUCCCUGUUGUGGUCCUCACAGAGACGGCUCGGGUCAGAAGGACGCAGAUAAGAGACGACAUCUCUUUCUCUAUCUGGGAUCGCUGGUCUGUUGUAGGACAUGAAAAUUUCACCCUGUCUGAUUUCAUCAAUGCUGUCAGGGAGAAUUAUGGGAUUGAGCCCACUAUGGUAGUUCAUGGAGUGAAGAUGCUUUACGUCCCCAUCAUGCCGGGACACAGCAAGAGACUGAAACUGACUAUGCAGAAGUUGAUCAGGCCUUCAGCAGACAGGAAGUAUGUGGACCUCACUGUGUCUUUUGCCCCAGAGACGGACGGGGACGAAGAUUUGCCCGGUCCUCCUGUUCGCUAUCACUUUAGACAUGAGGAUGGCAACAAGGCCUGACACACACGCACACACGCGCACACACACUGCUAUUACACCUUCCCCUGUGGACCACUAGUGGAGUAGCACUUGAUCAAUCUGUACAUAGUAAAACUUUUUUUUUCUUUAUUUUCUACGGGUUCGUAAUUUUAUUGCAUAGCUACGUCUGUGCCGAUGCCUUAAGAAAUAUUGUGUGUCCAUGAUGUUGGUGAUUUAUUAUAUAUUAUUGAUCUCACAGUCGAGGGAAAACAGUGUUUACACUCCUAACUUAAGGCUUACGAUGACUAAUUAUUUUAUCAGCGCAGACGCAGAAAUCUAGCAGCAUCCAAGCUGAUCGCUUACGACGUAAUGUUUCUUCCUUCUAUCUGUCCUUCCUUCUUUCUUUUCUUCCAUUAUGUUUUUUUGCUCCUUUCAUCCUUUAAUUCCUCCCUCCUUCCCUCCCUCCUUCAUGUUUCUCACAUGCCUUCUUUCCUUCCUACAUGUUUCUUACUGAUUAAUUCUAAGAAAAUCUCCAGUUCUCCAAACCCCUCUCCAGAGGCAUCGAAUCAUUGAGUCAAUAGAUUUGCUCACGGUUCUUUUCGGAUCCGCAUCAAAAAUCUGCUCCAGUCUCCGGGAGACGUCACAACACCAAAUCCGAGAACUCCAGUUUGACCACUUGCUCAAAAUUUCCAGAUUGCUGUGAUUUGAAUUUUUUUUUUUUUUUUACUUCAAAUCAUGUAGCACACAAGACCUGAAAAGGAAGUGAAGAAGAAGCGAGAUUUUCUUGCUUGUUUUUAUUUCUAACAACGAAAAAAACGACCCGGCGUUUUUUUGUUUGUUCUUUUUUUUUUUUUCCUGCAAAAUCCGUAACCAGGAGGUCCUCUGUAUAUGUGACUAAAAUGAUGUCAAACAUUUCACAAGUUAAAACAUAUAAAAAUAACAAAGUUCUGAAAUCAUGAACGACUGUGACGGGCGAAUGCAGCUGAACUUCUAAUCCAAAAUAAACUUUUCAACCAUG